AUGAAUCGAUUAUUUGGUAGUAGUGGGGCGAAAAAACAGCCCCCUCCCAACAUGACUGACUGCAUCUCAAAUUUGGAUAGCAGAAGUGAGUCAGUUGAUAAAAAAAUUGCAAGACUUGAACAGGAACUUGCUAAAUAUAGAGAUCAGAUGAAAAAGAUGAGAGAGGGCCCGUCAAAGAAUUUACUGAAGCAAAAAGCAAUGAGAGUUUUGAAACAGAAGAAAAUGUAUGAACAGCAGCGAGAUAACAUGACUCAACAAUCCUUUAAUUUGGAGCAAGCAAAUUAUAACAUACAAUCCCUAAAAGACACCCAAAUUACUGUCAGUGCUAUGAAAACUGGUAUGAAGGAAUUCAAGAAAGAAUUUAAAAAAAUAAACAUAAAUUCCAUUGAGGAUUUGCAAGAUCAGAUGGAAGACUUAACCGAACAAUCUCAAGAAAUCCAAGAAAUAAUGGGUAGAAGUUACGGCAUGCCUGAGAUUGAUGAUGAUGAAUUGGAAGCCGAGUUGAACGCCCUCGGAGACGAAAUCGCUCUCGAUGACGACACUUCUUAUCUAGAUGAAGCAUCAAAGGCGCCAAACGCCCCAACUUCGGUUCCUGGAGCUGAUAGUGUUGUUAAUAAGGAUGGAGUGCCUGUCGAUGAAUUUGGUCUACCGAAAAUUCCUGCCCAAUAA